CGGAGCCAGGAACAUGAAGAAAGGACCAUUUUGAAGCCAGAGGCACAGAAGGGCCAGCUCUGUCCCAACCAGGACCUCGGGGAAAUCUCUACUUCCUCAAAAGACAGAGCAGAGGCCACCUCCAACUGUGACAAUAGAACAACAGGUGACUCCACCUCCCUGAGGGCACAGGUUCUGAGUCAGAACAGAUGACUGUCAAGGUGUCCGGCCACGCACUCCCCAAACAGUGCAAAGAGGAAGUAGACACAGCACCAGAGAACCACCCUCACCCUGUCCCGAGAUGGGACAUAACCGGUGAAGCCGAACUGGGAAAAACUGGGGCCGUGACGUCCAGACCCCGAGUCCGAGGCGUACCGUGCUGAGGGAAUUCUUUCAACAGGCCUGGACUUGAAAGGGACCAGGCAGAUCAGGAGUAGAAAUCCAGGCGGCAAAGGGGUAGUUAGGGGGAACCCUUGGAUCAGCCCACUCCAUAGCGGGUCAACUUUCCCAUCACUUCCAAGUCCUCAUUCUUGGGGGAAACGUCUCGAGCAACACUUCAGUGGAUGGCAGAAAGAAACACAAUGUUCAACCGGGGCAGCGCUUCGCCCUGACCACUGAAACCGCUUCCCAACAGCGCGCUCAGAUAGCAAGGAAGCGGUCUCUGCCCUCCGCCUCGUGCACUCACGCUCCACCGCACCCAGAUUUGUGCAAAAACUCUCAGAGUCGGAAUUGAUUGCUAAGCCUCGCUACCUUGCAAUAGAAGGGAGCAGAUUGAAGGUGGGGAUCCCAGUGGGGGGUGCAAUGGCCAUCUGGGAUACCCACCCCCGCAGCAGCAUGGGGAUCCCAGCCCCUCCCCUGCACUCCGGGCCCCGCCCCUCAUGGGUUUCCCAGACUCUGCGCUGCUGCCACCUCGGGCGGCAGGGUACCCGAGCUGCAUGUGUAAUGGGGGUUGGGAACAAAGACGCGCAGGACCCAGAGCCCCGGGCACCAGCCGUCCCAAUCGCCACGAUCUUUUCUCUGGAGUCUCAAUGCCCGACUGUUCACGUUUCCCAGGACUGCCCCAAGCCCGUCCCGGAGCUCCCAUCAACUUCAGCACCACUGAGACGGAGAAAUCCGCGCCUGAGCUUUAGGGACGAAAGCGCUUUCCCAGCACAACUUCGCGCGUACACACCCACACGUCCCAGUCCCCAAGCAGACGCGCACCAGUUACACACAUCCCGCAGCCGCCUGCGGGCUGAGCGCGGGUCACUCAUGCCCGCCACGUGCAGGCCGGAGCGGUCUGAGACCUGUUGGUUCGCCUCCUCAACCUCCUCUCCACUCGCAGUAUCCCAAAACAAAAGCGGUCCCACGAGGGCGCAUCUGAAGCCCUCUGCAAGGAAAGCAGGCGCUGGUGGGAGCCACUCGCGCGAGGAUCGCGACGCAGAGUGGCGGGACCGAGGUCAGAGGGCUCCGAACGAGAGCUCUUCUGUCUUCUCCUGUCCUGGUUGGCUUCAGCUGUUAAUCUGACACAGCCCAGAGUCAUUUGAAGGACUCCCAACUGAAGGACUGCCCAGAUCGGAUCAGGCAUGUCUGAGAGAGACUGUCUUGAUUGAUGGUUGAUGUGGACAAGACCGGCCUACUGUGAGUGGCAUCAUUCCCUAGGCCCGUGUGCCUGGGCUGUUUAAGAAAUGUAGCUGAGUUUGAGUCUGUGAUGGAGCCAGGAGCAGCAUCCCUCCAUGGUUUCUUCGAGACAGUUCCUACCCUGCCUUCCCUCAGGGAUCACUGUGACCUGGAACUGUGAAAUAAAAUUAACCCUCUACUCCA